UGCCCGCAACGCCGCAAAACCAAGCGGGAGAAAAGGAGACAGAGCCGGUGAGUGGUUCCCAUGGCAACUACGGCGGCUUCUUUUCCUCAACCCGUCCUGCGGAGCGCGUGAGUCCCGUACGGGCAGCGUCGAGCGACAAACUGGAGCCUUGGGCAGAUGGGCGAUGAAACGCGCCUUGGUCCGGAGAUGGCGGGGCGCGGGCAGCUGCGGGAGCAGGGCUCGCUGGAGGGUCAGCUACUCUCUAGAAGAGUUCUGAUCACUGAGGUACAGGCAGACUCUGAAUCACCAGCAUCCACAUUUGAAUCAUUUGAGGCUACAUCCCAAACACUUGUGGAAUUGCCCAUGGACGAGCCAGUAGAAGAUACCGAUUCUGCAACCAAAAAUGAGACUGAACCUCCAGCCAGCAAACUUCCCAAUGUUUUAGAAACACAUACAGAAUUGCUUGUUCAGUCUAAAACUGAAUUUCAAAAUGUUCUUCCUGUUUCACAAGCCACUACAGUCAGAUCAGCACAUACUGUUGAGGUCGUUGAAGAAUCAGAACUGCAUGCUACUCUGGAUCAAGCAUCAGAACCGCAGGCUACUCUGGAUCAAGCAUCAGAACUGCAAGCUACUCCGGAUCAAGCAUCAGAACCGCAGGCUACUUUGGAUCAAGCAUCAGAACCACAGGUUACUUUGGAUCAAGCAUCAGAACCACAGACAACAACUUUAACAGUCCAAUUCCUAGAGGAUGAGGAGCUCAUGCCUGAAGUGUACCAAGAUCCCUUUGAGGUCUCACUUAGGUACAUGGAAAAGCAUAAUAUUCUGCAGAUAUUCCAGGACAUCACAGAAAACUUGGUGUAUGAGAAGCCAGAAGAUCCCUUACAGUUCAUGUUGAAACAGGUUCAGACUAUGAUAAACAACAGGAAUCAAGAAGAAAAAGAAGAGUAAAUGUUCCGGUGAAAUGAAAGCCUGCGCACUGCAAGCAACUCUCUUUGGAUUCCUUCAAUGCUUCUCUCACUCUAAUGGGCUCAGCAUAUUCCAGCACUGCCCUUUCCUUAUUUUUCUCUCUGUACCAAUUCUAUUAUUUUGAACAGUGUCGGUGGUAACUUGUUUUCUGAUUUCUUCCGCAGUGGGUGCUGUGCUGGGGUUUUUGGGAUAGACAAUCCACCACUUUCUAAGAGCACAGAUGGUCCCAUGCCUUGGAGGAAGCACAUUGCUGCUGAGGCAGCGUCCAUCCAGUUCUAGGGCUGUAAGCCUUAACCAUGUGAACAGCCUCUGACUGCAGUAAUAAGAACCAGUCUACACAGGCAGAAGACUCUCCCAGUGUGGUUUAGACUGGACUGGCCCAUUUCAGAUUACAGGUGGUGACACACGUGUUGAAUACUUCUCUAUGGGAGGAGGGAAACCCUGCUAAAGUUAAAAGGGUUCUGGUGUGGUGGUGGGCAGCUCCUCUGGAGGAGCAAUCAAGCUUAAACCAUCACCUGCAGAGUAUAGAAAUACAAUCCAAGGAAAUUUUGACUCACAUAUUUUUGAUAGAUGCAACGUUUACAAGAAAAUGAUCUCAAGAUCACUUUGUAAGACUUGCAACAGUAAGACCGCCUGACAUCCAGUUUGAUCAAUAGUUGGUACUUUGAUGUAAAGUUAUUUACCCCAUUAAUACAAAUUUAAUGAUUUAAAUCAGAGACCUCUGAUUUCACUGGGCUGUGAACUGGAUAGGCUGACUGGUUAAGCUAUUGAGAGCAGAGUUUAAAAUCUGACUCCGGGUUUAUCUAAAUUCUGCUUUGUAGAGAAAGUCUUUUACACUUCUGGUCAGCUCUGACAUUUAGAGUUGUAAAUGAAAAAAAAAAGUGCAACUAUUUGCAGCUGUACAAUGAAAUGGUCACAACCCCACCCCCCACCCCCGGCCCCAGUUUCAAAACUGUUGUGGAGGUUGGAGGUAGUCUAUUGAUUCUUCAGAAUGGGAUUCUUCCAGGAUGGGAAAAUGUUUUUCCAGUAACCAGCAAACCGUUUUUUCUUGAGGGUCUCUAAAUUAAUUCCAGAAUCUUCAUUCUGAUUCAAAAUUCUAACAGUGCAAUCCUAAACAGAGUUACUCCAGUCUUAAGCCCAUUAAAAUCAGUGGGCUUAGACUGGAGUAACUUUACUUAGGAUUGCACUGUAAGUAGGCCUCACAUUUAAAUAAUCUGUUUGAGCCUUUGGGAAAGCAUUUAAAUCCAAAAUACUUUAUUUUAGUUACUUGAUCGGAUGAGAUUCACCUGCCAGGGAGAACCUCUUUGCUGAUAGUGCUUUUUCUUAGUGCAGAGAUCAAACACUAGCAUAUUUUUUUGGUUAAACCAGGAAAUAGUUGAUGGGGCUUCCCCACCCCCAAUGAAACUUUGCAUGGAAUUUAAGUAUGGUUCUAGCUCUUUGAACAAAGUGACAUUGCCACCUGUGUACAGCCACUAAUCAUGUGCAUAUAAAAGCUUUGAUUCUAAUGAAUAAAUUUAUUUU